CGCAGCCGCCCGGCGGGGUGUGUUCUGCGGCUGCGUCGCGAUCACCCCCCUCGCGGGCCGCCGGGGAGUUACUCCUGGAUGCACGCGCGCGUCCCUCCGGUCGUUGAGUUGUGCGCGUGCGCAGCGGUGUGACGCCAGCCAUUGCCUGACGGAGGGGCGCCCGAGCUGGGCGGCGCUGAUCGGCCAAAGCGCCCGAGCGAGAGGCCGCUGCGGAGCAGGGAGCCACCCGGCUCCGCCGUUCCCCCUGAGAGCUUUGUAUUAUUCUUGGAAAGUUUCGCACCACUUGUGAAUUCCCUGAACCUUGGCAUUGUAAGUCCACUUCUGUUGGGCCCUCCUCCUUUACAGCUUGCUCAAAUUAAGACGCAGUUGGCUCUUCAGCAGUUGACAUCAGCUGCCUCAAACAAUUCAACACCACCUUAUGCUUUGUUAAAUCAGGCAUUCCUGAAAAUCGCCAUGUUUAGUCCUAGAGGAAACUUGCAUCAGAGGCCAAGAGCACCUAACCCAUCUGGCUCAAAACCUCCAGGAGCUUUUAGGGGAGGUGGCAUAGCAGGUCUUCAAAGAAAGCCUGCACCUGGAACACCUCAAGGAAUUUCACAAAGAUUUGGAGGACAUGAAAAUUUACAGCGGACAGGAUCACGAAGAACUAAUGUUCAGGUAACUCAACACAGAACCGAUCCAAGGCAAGCAAAGGAGAUGGCAAACUUACAGGAAGAGCAAAAGGAAAAGGUUCGUACUUCACGUUGGGAUAACAAUCCAUGUCCAACUGGAAACACAAGCCGAAAGCAUCCCGCGUCAACCCGGAUCACAGAGCAGAAUACAAAUGUCCAGAGCCGUUAUACAACAGAGAGUGCAUCAAGUAUUUUAGCAAGUUUUGGAUUAUCUAAUGAAGAUCUGGAGGAACUCAGUCGCUACCCAGAUGACCAGUUAACACCUGAAAACAUGCCACUAAUUUUGAGGGAUAUACGAAUGCGUAAAAUGGGUCAUCAGUUACCCAAUUUACAUUCUCAGAGCAGAGAAAAAGAAACUGUUGGUGGAACUGGUGGUUCAACUGUUAAGAGCAAAGUGAUUGAUUAUGGGCACACAAGCAGGUAUGGAUACACUGAAGAUCCUCUUGAGGUGCGUGUGUACAAUCCUGAAGAACCAGCUGAAGAGAACAGAAAAGAAUUUCAACCGCAGCAAACUAUUUCAGUUCCACCAUCCAAUGUAACGUGUAACCCGAUGUUUCCAGUUGAGGAAUUAAUGAAACAGAUGGGUUUCCAUAGUGAUUCAUCCAAUACACAGUCAUUUUUUCCAGUUGAUGCUGCAGGCAAGGUGCCAGGGUUAUGUAUGACACCUACAGGACUCCCAAUGGUAAAACCUAUGAGCCAGCCUGGGAUGCCACCUAUGAUGCCACCUAUGAGCCAGCCUGGGAUGCCACCUAUGAUGCCACCUAUGAGCCAGCCUGGGAUGCCACCUAUGAUGCCACCUGGGAUGCCGCCUAUGCCCCAAUCUGUGAUGACACCUAUUGUCCAGCAGUCUUUGACCCAGCCACCUAUGGCCCAACCUGUGAUGCCACCUAUCAGCCAUCCACCCUUUUCAGCUGAACUUCUUGCAGCUGUAAGACAUCAUGAAAGGAUUCAGCAUGAAUCUGGGACUAAUCAAUCUAAUGCACAGAUUGGCUCAGGUCAGAAGAACUUCCAGACACAAGUUGAAGCUCCUAUUAAGUCUCCUUUUGGAAUUGUGAAAGCCUCUUGGCUUCCAGUGUUUUCACAGGCUGCUACUCAGAAGGUAAAGAGACUGCCGACUCCAUCUAUGAUGAAUGACUACUAUGCUACAUCUCCAAGGAUAUUUCCACAUAUGUGUUCUCUGUGUAACAUGGAAUGCACUCAUAUGAAGUUACAAUUGAAAGAUUUCAAGGAUUGGAUUCAGCAUCAGAAUAAUCCUGCUCACAUUGAGAGCUGCCGUCAGUUACGUCAACAGUAUCCUGAUUGGAAUCCUGAGGUCCAUUCUUCAAAGAGAAAUGAAGGCGAGAGAAAAGAAAAUCAGACCCCAAAGAGACGUUCCAACUCUGCUAGUCCUGGUCCUAGGCAUUCAAGAGGAUCAGGCUCUGGCCACAUGCUUCGCCGGUCCCGAUCCCGGAGCCCUGGCCGUUUCAGGCUAGCUAGACCAAGAAGUCGAAGUCCAAGGCAGAUGCGUCGUCCUAGCCCUAGACACAGGUCUAGGUCACCACAGCGAUCUAGAAAUCCUCUGAGGUGUAGUCCACGACCCCAAAGAUCUGCUAGCAAUGAAUGGACAUCAAGGAGGACAACAAGAUCUCCAGACAAAAAGGCAGCUUUGGAGGCUGUAGUAAAAAGUUUGGGAGCCAGUUUCGUUGCAGAGUUCAAUAAACAAAAAUCACUUCAAGCAACUGGACAAGGGUCCUCGGGGAUAGGAAAAGCAUCACCUGCACAAGGGAUUUCUGGGGUAGGGAAGAUGCAUGGACCUAUGAAAAAGCCACUAAGUGCUACAGGUCAUCACAAGACUUUGAAGAAAGAUUUAUCAUCUGUGCCUGGCUCAGCUGCUUCUAAAAUGAAAUCUGAAACUGCUGGUGUUCAAGAAAAGAAAGAGAUGAAUUUUGAUGGGAAAGCUGCAAAGGAAACCAAUGCUCCUCGUCCUGCUCCUUAUAACAGACUGUUGAGAGAGAAGCUUUUGAGUUGUGGCACAGUUCUCCAUAUUUCGGAUUUGCCGGAUGAUGGCUUUUCAGAUCAAGAUAUUAAAAAAAUUGUUCAGCCAUUUGGUAAAGUUAGUGAUCUCUUGGUGCUUCGCUCUAGAAAUGAGGCCUUCCUAGAAAUGAACUACAAAGAGGCAGUGAUAGCAGCUGUGAAGUAUGGUGAGACCGUGCCAGUGCUGGUAAAUGGGAAGCGUGUGAAAAUCAGCGUAGCAGAAAAACCGAAAGCACCUCCUGGUCAGAUCAAAGUAAGUCUGAAGAAGGCUCCACAGAACGUAAAGAAAGCUGCAUUGAGUACAAAAAAAGAUGGAAACAGUACUACUACUAAGAAGACUAAAUCUGCUACUCCAGCUGCUUCUGCAGGAAAAUUAACAAAAGCUGGACAUACCGCAACAAAAGCAGUUAAACUUGUUGGUAAACAUGAAGUAACAAAGAAACUGGCAGUGCAAACAGAUAGUAAAACUAAGAAAACUUCAACCACUUCAGCAAAACCUAAUGAAAAGAAGCGUAUUGAUCCUAAGAAGUCUGCAGAAUCCAAAAAGAAGGAUGCAAAACCUAAGAAAGUCACAGAACCGAAGCGGGCUGAGGAGGCUAAGACCACAGAAUCUAAGCAGGCUGUAGAGGCUAGGAAGACCACAGAACCUAAGAAAGCUGGAGACGAUGAGGCCAAAGAAAUUAGUAAACCUGUAGCUGUGCAAGAGUCAAUUACACUGACUUCUACUCUGGAGGUGGAAUCAAAUCCGUCUAUGGAAUCUGUAGCCAACAAAGAAAAUCUUGAGGCCAAGAACACUGUGGAAGUGAAGACAGCUGAGAGUACCAAGAAGGAAAAUGCUUCAAAAGCUACUGGAGAGACUACAAAGAGCGAAGAACCAACUGAGCCAGCUAGCAAGGAACUUGAUGACAUAUGUGUUGUGCUUAUUUCAAACUUACCUGAUAAAGGAUAUUCUGUUGAGGAAGUUUCCAACCUAACAAAGCCAUUUGGAGGACUGAAAGAUGUUUUAAUUUUGUCUUCUCAUAAAAAGGCAUAUCUGGAAAUAAAUCAAAAAUCUGCAGAUUCCAUGGUUAAAUUUUAUACUUGCUUCCCAAUGUCAGUGGAUGGAAAUCAGCUCUGCAUUAGUAUGGCGCCGGAAUACAAGAAUAUAAAAGAUGAGGAAGCUAUAUUUACUGCUAUGAUUAAAGAUGCCAACUCGAAGGUAAAUACAGAAACUUUAUAUAAUCAGUUUGUGCAUCUUGGUAAUUUACCAGAUGAUGGAUACACAGAACUUGAAGUAGUUUGCGUGGGACUUCGAUUUGGGAAGGUGGAUCACUAUGUUGUGUUGAAGAACAAAAAGAAGGCAAUUCUUCAGCUAGAUAGUCCUGACUCAGCUAAAUCAAUGUGCUGCUUCCUAAAACAGUACCCAUAUAACAUGGGUGAAAAUACACUGACUUGUAUGCUAUCACCAAGGAGAGAACCUGCAGAGGCUGAAGUUAUGAAAAAAGAGCUGAAAAACCAAGAACCAAGUAAAGGAAGCUCUGACUUGAAAAAAAACCCAGAGGGAUCAGGAGUGGUGCAAACAGCAGCUGCUAAUCCUCCAGUAGAGCCUAGUGUGGCAAAGGAAGAAAUCAUUUCCAACUCUGUCAAAGCCGAGACUUCGACAGUGCAGAUAGAAGCCUCUGAGUUGGAGCCUGAAAGAACGGUACGUGAUUCUGCUACAAAGCCAUCGGAAGUUGAAACAUCCAAGGGGGAAUCUGAAGUUGCAGUUACUGGCUCAGCUACCAAACCAGCUGAUGAUGAAUUAUCCAAAGUUAAAUCAGAAGAGAUCCUGCUGCCUCCUUUCAGUCUUCAGAAGGAAGAGGUAGUUAAAGAUAACUCUGAAACAGAAUUAUUGGAAUCUGCUAUCACAACUGUAACAGAAGGAGAAACUAAAGUGAAACCUGAAGAAUUGCCUGUUCCUGUCAGUGGAUCAUCAGAAGAGUUAUCCAGUGUGGGCAAGCUAGAAGAUGGGCAGUCAGACUCUGCUGUGAAACCAACAACCAUGGAAACAGCUGAGGCUGUUUCUGAAGCAGUGCCACCUGAUUCUGCUGCGGCUUCAGUGGAAAUGCUGUCAGCUGAAGACAUACAAUCAAGCAACACAUUGGAUACUCCUGUAAAAAAUGCUGUUACUGAUGCAGUGGAAACUAAACUUGAAAUACCUGUGGUCAAUGUUGUGGUGUCUAUAGAGAAGAAACCAGAAAAGCUAGUGGCCAAAGUCGGGCCAGCCUUGGAGAAGAAACUGGAAAAGUCAGCGGCUAAGAUUGGGGCAGCUAUGGAGAAGAAACUGGAGAACCCUGUAGCCAGCAUUGGGACAGAUACAGAGAAGAAACCAGAAAAGCCAGUGGCCAACGUUGGGACAGAUGUAGAGAAGAAACCCGAAAAGCCUCUGGCCAGUGUUGGGACAGACAUAGAGAACACUGAAGAAAAAGUGCUGAAUGAAAAGAAUGAGAGAACUUUAAUCAAGGCACAUCAAAAUAAAGGACCAGGACAAGUUAAAAUAGAUGAAACCAGCAAAGCAAGUACGUCUGCUGCCGCAUUUGUAUCCAUCAAGGAACCUACCUCUGUUAGUAAAACAAUCUUAAAGGCUGUGGUGUCUAUCCCUGAUAUAUCAAAGUCAAGAGUUAUGAUGCGGAGAAAUGAGACUUCUCUGACUAGAACAGAGGAGCAGAAAGCUUCCUCAAAACCUGAGACCAGAAGCAGAUCUGCUACUGAGAAGAAACUUUCAUCAAAAGAAGUGGGUCAGCCAAGAGCUAUUGGCAGCAGAUCAAGUCUGCCAGAUAGCAUCACCAAGUCUAAACUGGACAUAAGUCCUGUUGUUGUAAAGGGAGGCAGUGGGAGGAGUUCAUCUCAGCAAGACAAGGACUCAAGAGUGGACUCUAGGGGUAGUUCAAAGCAGUCUCAAGAGAGAGAGAGUAGAUCAUCCAGCAUGAAGAAAGACGACAACGGCAAUAAGGUUCCUACUGGUCGAAUUAGUAGGAAUACUAAAACUGGCUCUGGUGGCAACGUAAAACCAAAAGAGGAAGAAGAGCUUUUCCCAUUUAACUUGGAUGAGUUUGUUACUGUGGAUGAGGUUGUAGAAGAGACAGACUUUCCUCUUCAAACCAGGCGAAAUCCACCCCGGGGGAAAAGAAAAGAUUCUGCUAAAAAUAACUCUUCCUCUGAGCCUAUUGCUAAGAGGAAGAAAGGUAAAAACUCCAUAGCACAUGUUGCUGAGAGCGAAUUAUCCUUUGUCACUUUGGAUGAGAUUGGAGAAGAGGAGGAGAUGACUGCACAAUUGGUAGGAGACUCCAAUUUAGAAGCAAUAACAGACCCACAGGGUCUAGUUACUGUGGAUGAAGUAAAUGAAGAAGAGGAGCUGAUUUCAGAAGCAGUGAAAGACCCACAAUCACUUGUUACUUUAGAUGAGAUAUCUGAACAGGAAGACUUUUCACAUGAUGUACCUAAAGAUGUCUCCAGUUCAGUUUAUGAGGAGCAAGAUCUUCUAAAAGCAGAACCCUUGGUAACUGUGGAUGAAAUAGGAGAAGUUGAAGAGCUCCCUCUAAAUGAGCCUUCAGAUUUGAAUAUUGAGGAGACCUUAAAACCUAAGGAAGAGGAUGAUAAACGGGCUACUGAGGAUCCUGGUGACUUUAUCUCUUCUCAGCUGCCUGAAGAUCCUAGUACUUUAGUGACAGUAGAUGAAAUACAGGAAGACGGUGAUGAUCAGCCUCUAGUAACUUUAGAUGAAGUUACUGAAGAUGACGAAGACUUUUUGGCAGAUUUCAACCGUUUAAAAGAAGAACUAAACUUCGUUACUGUAGAUGAAGUUGGGGAGGAGGAUGAAGAGGAAGAAGAAAAUACUUUUAUAGGCACAAACCUGGAGGAGGAGGAUAUUGUUGCAAUUGCAGGACCAGAAGAAAUGGAAAUUCUGGCAGAUAUAGGGCCAGAAGAGGAGGCUGCUAUUGCAAACUCAAAGUCAGAAGAAAAGGAGACUCUUGAAGCUGACACAAAGGAAAUAGAAAAUGAGACCCUUGUAGCAGGUACACAGGAGGCAGACAAGGAGGCACUUGUAGCAAAUACAGAGAAGACUGAAAAAGCUGAAAUUUGGAACAAGACAAGUGAAAAAGAGAUCAAAGGAGAAACUGAGAGUGAGCAGCAGUCUGCAGAGCUAAGCCUGAGCAAAGCGCAUGAAUCAAAUGAAAUGGGGAGACAAACUAAGAACAAGCAGCAGCCUCCAGUGAAAACCCCAGGCAAAAGAGGUAGGCCUAGGAAAAGACCAAUUGUUCCACCAGCUGAGACACCUGUUGAAACAGAGCAAGAAAAGUGUGACAAGAACACUGAGGAGGAAGCAGAUAAAACAGAAUUAGUGGAAGGCUCAACUUCUGAGUCCAGCAAGGAGAAAAUGGGAAAAGGUACCUUGACUACCCCAGAAUCAAAUAGUUUGAAUGAAGACAGUCAGACUGCAACUGUUAAAGAAUCAGAUACAGAAUCUGUAUUACCUGAUCUAAAUGCAAGUCUACUGCUUGAUGCAGAUAUAAAGCAGGAAGUCUGCAGUGAGACGCCUUCACAAUCUUCUGAAAAAACUGUGAAAGAUGAAUUUGGAUCAGGAGAUACAGAACCAGAGUCUAAACGAAGAAAAGUUGAUUCCUCAGCAGAUAAAUCCAAGACACAAAGCACUCCAAAAGGUUUAGAUUUUCUUGUUCCAAAGGCUGGCUACUUCUGUCAGAUCUGCUCGCUCUUCUACGCAGGUGAAAUGUCUAUGAAAAAUCAUUGCAAGACACUGCGUCAUCAGCAGAAUAUGGAGAAAUUCAUGGCCAAGCAAAAGGAUGGGAAAGAUGAGGAGGAAGACGAGGGGGAAGAACUUAGUUCCAGGUGAUCUCAGGAGGAGAGAAGAAUUCUUUAAAAGAAUUUAAUUUAGGGUCCAGUAAAUUUUGUGUCUUUUGUUAUGAUUUAAUUUGUAAUUUUGUUUCAGAAGCAAACUCUGAUGUUGUAUAAAUUUGAGUUCAAGGUAGACAAAGAGAAGAAAAUGUAUGGUCAUUUUGAUUUCUAUAUCAAAUCAUCUGGCUUAGGAGAGAUCUCUUAUAUGUUGAAAUAAAUGUUCUUACUGUAUAGUUAACACCAUGUGAUUGUGUUUGGUGUAAUUUCAUGUUUGGCAAUUUACUACAUCCAGAGAUCCACAUUUAGUGUUUCUUCGCAGAUCUUAGCUAUUAAAAUUUCAAUCUUCAUAUGUUUCAUGUAGAGCUGAGUGAAUUGUCUUCUGAGAACAGUAAAUUCAUUGAAAAAUA